GACCACACAAGAGCAGGUUUCAUCCAAAAUCAAACCAUAUCCAUUCUUCCCACCAUCCCAUCCAAAAUUUCCACCACUUAACCAAAAAAGUGAAAAUUUUCUAUAUACAGGGUUAAGUAUAUACAUAUAUAGUUACUGUUUAGUUCCACGGUUCCACCAUCUCUUGUUUGGCCAAUCUUUAUUGAAUUCUGCACCCUGCAAUGCCAGGAACAAUCCUUGUUUCAGUACUUGAAUUCAUGGAUCUUCCAUUUUCUUCAUCAACACCCAUAAGAGCUUGCAUGGGGAAAAUUGAGUACCAAAUCAGUGACAAAGGAAACUUUUCCUUUCCCAUAGCUAGUCUCCGUGAUGAUUUGAUUUUCAAAAUUCAUGAUACCGAAGGGAAUGAAAUAUCGCGUGCAGGAGUACAUAUCAGAAUGAUAUUAGAGAAAGGUGUUUGGGAAGACACGUUUCCCCUCGGGGAAGGAUACAUGCAUUUGAAACUAGAAGUUGUACUAAGCAAUGAAGAGCGCGACAAAAUUCGUAUGAUGAGACAAACUGCAUUAAAGAAAAAACAGGAUGUGCUGCUUAAUAGCAAUGCGGCUUUACCUUUCCGCACGAGUGAUGAGGUCUCAGUUAUGAACUUGGUCCUACAUACAUUCCCUCAGAGGCUUUUUCCUGAUGUUUUAAGUGCUCCAUCUUCUCAAGAAUCAUCACCAAAUCAAUACCUUCAACUUGAAAAAGUUUCUCAAUUGCAAAGUCCCGUUGAUUUCUCCAAUGACAAAGAAAGUUCCACCACAAAUGUUGCUGAGGCUGAGGUUGAGCUUGAUCAGAAACAGCUAAACUCAAACAUUGCAGAUCAAUAUAAGAAGGCCUCAUCGAUAAAACCCGUGUCACAAGAAAUUAAUCUCAUUCCUUUAGAGCAUGGAGGUAACAAGCCUGCCAAUCAGCCACCAUCUGAGAAUCAUCCUCAGAGAGCUACUAGUUCACAAGAAAUGGUGAUUUUUUUAAGCUCUGAAAAAGUUAGUUCUUCAACAAAUAAUCCAAUACAAGAUAAUCUAGAGGAUGCGGUUCUUCCAAACUCGGAGAAGAAGGCUCGCCUAGGAAGAACUCCUAGCAAUGUUAAGAAAAUGAUAAGUGCUUUUGAAAGUGGUCUGCCUAAGGAUAUGAGGCCUCAUAUUAAACCACCUCCAACAAAAUUUCAAGUGAUGAGUCCAAUGGAAAAGAAAGAUCCUUCUGAGACUCGGCACUUCGAGCAAGAUAAGUCAUUGAACAUAGAUCCAAUAGGCUUCUUACAAGAAAAGUCGAAAAGUGCUUCUUUGGUAAGAGACUUGCAAGAGGUUCCAGAACAUAUUGAAGAAAGUAGAGAGCAAAUUCAUAUACCAAACAGACAAAUAGAUUCAAAUGCAAGAAAUGAAGAUCAAGAGGAAGAGCAAAUUCAUAUACUAAACAGACAAAUAGAUUCAAAUUCAUAUAUUAAAACUGAAAUUGAUGGAAGCAAGUAUGAAAAGAUACAGGACAUUAAAGAAUCAAAAAUCAAUACUUUUGAUGAUAAUGAAGAUGAAAAUUCUGGAGGACCAUUUAAUCAGGUAAUAAAAGUUGCAAUCAUUAUGGGCUUUGGAUUACUUGUUCUCCUUACCAGACAAAGAAAUAAGAGAAGGAAGGAUAAGAGUGCCUGAGAAUCUGUUCAACAAACCUCAAAUUCUUCAUCUUUUGAAGCACAUAAAUCUGCAGAUGUUGCUAUAACAACUUUCAAGUAUUCAGCUAUGUUGAAGGGAUUUUGGGACUUGGGAUGCUUGACAACAGUUAGUUGAUGUCCAUGGUUGAAGUUUGUAACACUGUUCUUUAUUGCUUCAAGAAUAUCAUUAGGCCCUUAUUUCAUCAUAGAUUUUGAGUUUCAACUGCAAUAAUAAUUUCAUUUUAUUGUUUGGUUUGUUACUUUGAAAUUUUGAAGACACAAUUGUGAAAACAAUGUAAUAUUUUUGUAUGUCAAUUCUUUCAAUCAAGGUUACUGAAUCAGGACUCCAGUUUGUGACUUGGAAGAUUAACUCUUUUAGUAGCAAAUUGAAUUUAAUUAUGAAUUUUACUUAGAUUUUGAUUGUCAA